AUGGCAGUUCCGUUGAUGACACCAUCUCCACCUGCCUAUCGAUAUGAAAAUAUUGUCGCCAUCACUCAGNGUGCUGAUAUUUCACUUCCUCAACCAUCACCAUCACUAGUUCAUCAUCCAAAUUACCCAAUGUUACUUGCUGCUCAACAACAAUUAUAUGAUUACGCUGUCCGUCUUCGAUUCGGAGGAGGACCUCCUCCAACACCACUACCACCCGGAUCAGCAACAUUAGCUGUCGGACCUGGUCCACAUCAUCCAUCAUUCAGUGAUCCACAUUCCCUCUAUGCGUUUCAUCAACGACAUGAUCCUCGACUACGUUGUCUUCUACGUGAAGAACCCAAGCCGUCCUAUUCCUAUAUUGGAUUGAUUGCCAUGGCCAUUCUAAGUUCACCCGAACGAAAACUCGUUCUGUCGGAUAUUUAUCAAUGGAUACUAGAUCAUUAUGCUUAUUUUCGUGCACGAGGUCCCGGAUGGCGAAAUUCAAUUCGACACAAUCUUUCUUUGAAUGACUGUUUUAUUAAAGCUGGUCGUUCAGCAAAUGGCAAAGGCCACUAUUGGAGUAUCCAUCCAGCUAAUCUAGCUGAUUUCAGUAGUGGAGAUUUUCGACGACGGCGAGCACAAAGACGUGUCCGGAAGAGUAUGGGCUUAUCCGUACCUGAGGACGAAGAAGACGACGACGAAACCUUACCGACGAACGGAGCUGACCAUCAUUUCGAACAUCCCCUAACGAAAUAUCCAUCUGAUGAAUUACGUCCGAAUGUAGCUGAUCUCUCACUGUCUUCAUCAUCAUCUUCUUCAACAACAACGACAGCAAACAGUACAGGUGUAACACCAAACUUAUUACAACGAUAUUUUGAUGACAUGCAACGUGUUGUUGCCUCUCGACUAGAACAGCAACAACAGCAGCAUAAUCAACAACAUCAUAAUUCACAAUUAUUCUUUCCAUCACCGCCACAAUCACUAAACACAAGUCGAAAUCCAAAUAUAACAACGACAAAUACAUCAACACCACUUCGGCCACUAUCAACUACACAAAAUCAACGAAAACGUUGCUUCGAUGUCGAUAGUCUUCUAGCACCUGAACAACCAUGUUUAAUCAAACGACAUAAAUCGAGUUUCGAUGGUAAUGAAGAUAUUUGUAGUCCAGAUUCCAAGUCAGACGGUUCAACCGAUACAGACAUAUCAGCAUGA